AUGGUGGAAAAGGCAAAAAUUUUCUAUUUUGCUGUUUUUAUUCUUGUCGUAUUUGCAUUCAUCUUUCAUGUUACUGCUAUGGGACAUCAUCAUUGGAAAAAAGCCGAUCUCAGAGAUAUGAACACUAUUAAUCCACUUGCUUUUAACUAUACAACCAUUGGUCUGUUCACACGGUGCAUAAUUUCACCUACUCUCAAGCAGGAGACAUGUUUUCCUAAUAUGUUCCCAGGCAAUAAUAGCUGUAAUCCGCAAACUAGUUGUUUGGCCCGAGAAUCCAAUCCAUUGUGUUCAUGUGAUUUUCUACCAUCAACAAAAGGUAUAGCAGCAUGUACCAUCAUCGCGUCGAUAUUUCUUGGUCUUACUAUUAUUAUUCUAUUUAUUCAUUCAAUCAAUGCAACAGAAACGCGUUCAUUGGGCAUGAUUCUUAGUCUCUUGCCGUUAAUUUUACUUUUAUUAGCAUUCAUAUUCAUCCUGAUUGCACUUAUACUUGUCGGAAGUUAUUUGUCACGAGAUGUGAUGUAUCUUUUGCAUCAACCAAGCACUGAAUUCAAUUUAGACACACUUCGAAACGAAGCUCGAACCAUAUUUAAAGUACGAGUCGAUUGGUCUACUGGUCUUGAAAUUAUAUCUUUAUUCUUCACGUUUCUAUCAUUGAUUCUCUACAGUGCGUUUGUAUUUAAAUUUGGUCGAUCUUCAUAA